GUUUCAUUGAAAUUCGAGUUCAUUCUUUUAUAUGGUUAUGAAUUUUUCACAUAUCUCAGUAUUUGCUCGUGCAAUUUUGGCAUUAAAUCGUGUUGGCAAUGAAUUGUACAUGGAACCAAGUGAUUUCGGUCUUAUUUUACGGUCGUUGAGCUGUUCAAAAUCAGCCUUUGGUACUUUUAUGUUUUCCAAAUCAUUCUUCAGUGAAUGUGAUGUGUUGCGACUUGAUCCAAAUGCUUACAAUGUUUGCCGAAUUCCAAUGAAGUGUGCUUUGUCAGCCUUCAAAUGUGUAAAAAGUUCUGAAAAAGCAGUUCUUUCCUGUCAGCUUCAUCUCAAUCCUCGGGCCGAUGCCAUGCUUAUUCAGAUCACACAUAGCUAUGAUGUAGUGAAAAAUCAUAAAAUACCAUUCUUCGAAUGCGCCACCAUGUUUCGAACCGUUGUCGAUAAAGCGAAUUUGAAUAAUUGUUUUGUUAUACAAGCAAGAUUGUUGCUCGAAAUGUUCAAUCGAAUGCAUCACAACACGGAUGAAAUUUCAAUUGAUGCUAAAAUUGACGAAAUAUUAUUCAGAAAUUAUAUUACACACGAACAAGAUAGAGAUAUGGUCAUGAAAACCGAGGGAAAAAUUCCAAUUGCUGAAUUUCAGAAGUAUAAUAUCCAGCGACCAACCGAAAUUACUGUGAAUUUAAAGGAACUGAAAGCUAUUGUAAAUUUUGCUGAUGUUCAUCAGUCACUUGUCAGCAUUUAUUUCGACCUUCCAGGAACACCUAUAGUAAUAGCUUUGGAAGAUGAUGUCAAUUACACAGCUGAAGUAAUACUUGCAACAGCUGUGGAUGAUCCUGCAGGUUAUGACUUGAAUUCGGAAGUUCCUGUUGAAAUUGUUCAUGUCCCAGCUGAAGAAGGACAGCUUAAGCGGAAGCGAAGUCAGUCUUCGUUAAAUCCGCAUCUCUCAGGAAGUUUGGUAGCAGAUUGUACGGUGGCAAGAAAACGAAUCAUUGAGGCAUCAAGUGCCAGAAAUAAUAAUGUAGAUGAAAGGUUAAAUGGAGCAGGAAACAUAGAUUUUGUUAUUGGUCCACCAUGCGCAACUUCUUCUCCCAUCAGCAAAGCAUCACCGGGAAAAAAGGGAGAAAAUAGCACAUUGGCAGAGAUUCUAAAACUACAGGACGAGGCGAUGGAUACCGAGAACAAUGUAGCAGAAACUUCGAGAAAGAAUGCCGAUGUUGGUAGUGUUAGGGGAUGUGGAUCAGAAAGCCCGCCUUCCCGAGGCCCAGCUCUCUUUCGCUAUUUAUUUUCACUUGAUGAGCCAACAUUUGAUUCGACAGAAUUUUCCCGUGACACAGAAGUUUUGGCUUCAGAUUCAGGUUCGGAAACUUCAGGUCUGCACCCUGAACAAUAUAUUUUUGACUCUGACUCAGAACCCAAUGCUUCGUGACUGCUUGCUCACAUCAUGUCUAAAAUCUUGAAGAAUUGAUCUCAUGAAAUGCAGUUCAGUUCUUGACAUUG